AUUAAUUUGGUCAAAUUAAUCAGAAUAUAUAUAAUCAGAAAUCGGGCAAAGAUCAUAUAUAUCUAUAAAUGGCGAUGUCCAGGAGACCUAGGCCCACCGGCGGCCGCCNCCCGCCUCUGCUAACGCCGACGGUGAGUGCGUUUAAGCCGAGAGCCGAAUGGAACAACGCCGGCUCUUCCAUGUUUCUCUAUGUCAAUCUCCCCGGGUUUUAUAGAGAUCAAAUACAAAUAAAGAGCGAUGAGAAGACAAGAACGAUACAAAUCCAGGGGCAAAGACCGCUCUCGGCUCAAACGCGAGCUCGUUUCAACGAAUAUUACAAAGUCCCUGAGAUCUGCGACAUGAGCAGACCAAAGACGUCUUUUGUACACGGACUGCUGACGAUCGAGAUGCCGAUCGUUGACGUGACGCAGAAGCAAGACAAAAGGGUCGAUCAAGAUCAGGGGAAAUCCACUCAGAAGCCGAGAGUUGACGGUAGCUUGGGACGCAAGCAAGAUCCAGAGGAUGAGAAACCGAAAGUUGCGGAGAUGGGAGAAGGGAAGCCGGAGGGAAGAAGAAUGUCGGCUGCUGAUGGUAUCUUGGAGCGCAAGAAAGAUGAGAAACAAGCCGAACAAAAAGCGAAGGAAAACGAAGGCGAGGGUAGCUUGGGACGCAAGAAACAAGAAAAGGACGUAAAACCUGAGGGUUUCCAAGUUACAAAGCAGGAGAAGGGAGUCACUGUAAAACGUAGAGAAGAAUUAGACGGUACCUUAGGAAGCAAGCAACCAAAAAAAGAAGAGGAGAAGCCAGUUGGAGAGAAGAAGAAGGCAAGUGAAGAACAAAAGAUGAAAGAUAGAGAAGAGGUUGAUGGUACCUUAGGAAGCAAGCAACCUGAAAAAGAGGAUAAACUGAUCGAAAAAAGGGAAACAGAAGAACAAACUCAAGAUCUAGGAAAGCAGAAGAAACCCGGGGAAAGAGAUUUAGACAAAGAUGUAGUCUUGGAUGAAGAACUGAGAAAAUCAGAUUUCGAGGAUCCAAAGAAGGAAAAACCAGUAGCGGAGGAUGAACAAAAAGGCAUAGGAGAUGAAAUCUUCCAUGAUGCUAAUGCAGUGGUGUUCAAAGAUCAAAAAGAGAUCGAUGGAGAUAAAACAUUACCAUCAUCAUCAUCAUCAUCAUCAUACGCAGGCGACAGUUCUUUGAUGAAUGUUGGUGUUGCUGCACUUGUUAUUAUGGGAUUUGGUGCUUAUGUGUUCUUACCCUUUUUCAAACUGUUUUAUUGAUAUUCAGUCUGUUUCAUGGAAUAAAAUGUUUCGAAUUCAUUUCAA